AUGGCGUCGGCCUUCCCCUCCAGCGGCGACCUGGUACUGCUGUGCACGCCGGAGGGCCAGGUCUACACGGUGGGGCCGGGGCUCAGGCACCCGGAGCUGGUGGUGUGCGGGACCACGAGGCAGGCCGGCGCCAACCUCCGGGCCGCGGUUCUGCGGGUCAAGAGGAAGGGCGAUGAGUUCGGGUUUGAGUCGCUGGAAGCGCAUUACAGGCUCCUGAAGCCUGGAAGGACGCCGCCCUGGCGCCUCACGUUUGCGGCUGUCACCUGGGGCAAGUGGGAAAGAUGGGAGUUCGCCCAUUGGCAGGAGUUUCAAGCAUCACCAAUGCAAGCUGCUCUUUGUACUCUCAGAUCAGCCAUGUUGCCAGAGGUUGAGAUGGACCUUAUGUGCGUGCGCGUUCCUCCAUCCCUUGCACAUGGUGUCGGCACAUGGCAGUUGGAACCCACAACCGCUGAGAAUGCAAGCGCCGAUGUUGGCAGCCUGGACUUCCUACUGCAAUCUGUUCAUGAAAACAAUCGGCGACUCUUCGCGACUGACACACAAGCCACAGUCGUGCGUCCCUUGUCGCAACUGGCUAAGGCCGAUCUGGUGCUGGGCAUGCAACCCCAGCGGGCCACCAGAAUUGAGGAGAUCGACUUUGACUUGUGCCGCAUUGCCUUGAGGAUGGAGUGGUCAGAAUUCAGGGAUCGCAUCCUGCAGCGUCCACUUCGAAAGGCGUUUGAGGCGUGGAGGACUGCAAGCAAGGAGCACCACACAUCUGUUGAGGCUUUGCUGAAGAGGCACAGCCUCAAUCGAGCCUUCCAAGGCUGGAAGAAGAUGGUGCACAAAAGGACACGUCGGAGGGAGUGGCGAGAGAGGGACACACAUGAACAUUUUCUGCUGACAAAAGCAUUCCACAAGUGGCGCGAGGCCGCCCGGCGGCGGCACUUUCCCAAGCCAGCUAACACCUGGCAGGAAGGCUCUCCCAUAGCAGUGACAUCGAAGUAG